AUGGAUAUCUGCACACCAUUCGAAGGCAAUUCCGAUUUAUAUGGUCUUGGUAUCCGGGUUGGAGUUUAUCUGCAGUGGGUUUCAGCAUGGACCAGUCUUCUUCUAGAUCCAGAAUCAGCGCAGGCCACCUACGAUGCUAACUCAACAUUUGUCUUUGCUAUACUGGUUGCAACUAUUAUCGCAGCACAGCAGGGUUCAUCAGCCAUUGAGAUGUAUAUCAUGUUGCAGUUUAUGCUUGGAUUUUUUAUCACUACACUCAGCACGCUGGGCGUACGUCUGUGGUUGAUGAGCCCUGAUCGGCUCGCUAAGCUGGAGACAAUGAUCAGAGCAGUCAAGUCAGAAUGGAACGCUGAAUGGAUUAGACUACAUCGCAUAAUCGAGGAGCCAUAUUCACAUAAUGUGUUGGAGGAAUUGGCACUGAAGUCCUGGAAUCAGAUGUAA